UCAAUGAGAUGGCUAGUCAAAACCUGGUCUUCUAAAAUAGUCUCGGGUUCGCCGACUUGUAUCACUAGUUCGCCAGCGUACGCAGAUUUGGGGGGAUUUUUACGGUAUUCUUCCGUUCAUAGUCCAAAAAUCAGCGCUGAGUUUGCAUCCAAAGAACCCUCGGAUCAGAAUAACAGGCAUGAAAAGAAGCCGCGGAAACAAGUAUGCAAGCUUGUUCUGGACAGCUUCGAUGUCCAGUAUAGCAAGGAGCUUCGACAUCUGUGGAGUACAGCAAGGGACGUGUUGUUGAAACCGCAGUGUUGGCAGUAUGGGGUGAUGCUGAACCGUUUCAGUCAUCUAACAGACCUGGAAGUGCGUCUCAGGGGGCUUGGCUUCUACAGCCUCCUGCCGUACGCUGACUCAGGCCUCCAAACCCAGUCUCAUCCCGCUGACACACAGCACUCCCUGCAGUGUCUGGUACACAAGGACCCCGUCUGUCUGCCUAACCAAAAACAUCAGCCAAACUUGCUGAAGCAGUACUACCUCCUCAACGCUGCCUCCCUUCUCCCUGUUUUGGCUCUGGGAGUCAGGGAGGGGGAGAAGGUACUGGAUCUCUGCUCAGCUCCAGGAGGAAAAGCACUGGCCAUCCUCCAGAGUGUUACCCCUGGGAUGUUGCAUUGUAAUGAGGUGGAUAGCCACAGAUUCGAAUGGCUGCGAAAAACGCUGGAGUCUUUCGUUCCUCCCACUCUGAACGAUAGGAUCAGGGUGACUAACCUGGAUGGAAGGAUCAUUGGGCACAGUGCGCCCGGGGUUUAUGACAAGGUUUUGGUGGAUGCGCCGUGUUCCAAUGACCGGAGCUGGCUCUAUACCCCUCACGCCCAGCAGGGGGAGCUGUGGCUGAGAGAGAGAGCACUUCUGCCUGGCUUACAGAAAGAGCUGCUUCGCUCAGCUCUGACAGCAGUGCGUGUGGGUGGAGAGGUGGUGUACUCCACCUGUACCCUCUCCAGCGCCGAAAACCAGGCGGUCGUGGAAGAGGUUCUGGACUCUUGUCCGGGUGUGAAGCCUGUGGAACUCAGCAACGCGUUGAUUGGCUCCUUCUCCGAUCACUUCACGUUCGCUGAGGUCCCGUCCAAAUUAGGUGUUCUCGUGGUACCGGAUCAUGGCAGAACUUGGGGGCCCAUGUUUGUGUCUCGAUUUAAAAGACUCUUCUAA